CCUCGCCAAUGACUGGUGCCAUAAAUUCCACACAGCUGCUACCAGGAUCCUCACCAAUGACUGGUGCCAUGAAUUCCACAAAACUGCCACCAGCAUCUUCACCAAUGACUGGUGCCCUAACUUCCACACAGCUGCCACCAGCAUCCUCACCAUUGACAACACUUUCCACAAUGACACCUUCCACAACAGUGACAUCGGCGACAACAACAGUGACAUCGGUGACAACAACAGUUGUAACUUCAGCUACGCCGUCUCCCAAUAAAACUUCUCCAACAACCACGUCGUCAACUUCAGUGUAUAAUCUCGUCUCAGGAAACACAACGGGUUCAACAUCCCCACAGCAUCAAACGAACACCACGACAUUACCGUCGGCCACUAAUCUUUCAUUGUCCACAAUGAGUACAUUAUCCGGUGCAUGGUUUACAACGCUGUCGUCUACGGCCGUAAUUUUAGUCCCCGGCUCGGUAAGAAACCUGACUUUCACGAAUCGAGGAGUGACGAACACAUCCCUGGAGGUCACCUGGUUGAGUGCUUUGGGAGCUGUGGAGAAAUACACGGUGCUCAUCGCUCCUAUAGAUUCUCCUUCCAUUUCCAUCAACUACAAUGGCUCACUCACCGCCAAGUUUGCUGGCUUGAGGCCCAGAGUCCAGUACAUCGUCACGGUGAAAACUAUCGGCAAGGGAAAUGUCUCCGAUGAAGGAGUGUCCGUGACGCAAAGUACAGGUCGGUACCCGCAUGAUUGCGUGAUUGUAGAAGAUGAAACGUUUAAUUCUGAUGUACCGAUGCCAACGCAUGGCGAGUCAACAUGAAACCUGAUAGCGAAAAGCCCUUUAAAAAGAAAAACCAUACUAUAUGGCAUGCUGUACAAUUGUGACAUACAGUACUGUAUCACAUGCAAUACAACAUUAAUCCUCUUGCCUUGGAUACUGCAAUUCAAUGGCAUAUUUGCUUAAGUGUGUGGUUUUACACAUAUUUAAUGUUAAACUAUUCAUGGAAUGUUAACCUAUUCAUGGUGAACUGAAAAUCAUUCUGGGACGCAAUGUUUUUAUUACAUUAUACCUAUAAAUACGAGUAUAAACUGGUCAACCAGAGGUUGCCUUUUAUAAAAAAAAAUAUUCCUGCGUGACAGCUAAAACAAUGGGCACCUUUCUUAAAAUCCACCCAGCCUUUUUGCACCCAGCCUUGUAAGAUAGGUACUACAACUACAGAUCGCGUGUGGCGGGGCAACGUGGGAGCACCGUACUCACCACCUCUCUCAACACGUCUGGGUCAACUUAAGAGAAGCGGACCAAAAUACCUUCUUUUCAUUAUCUCCCUCUCAUGGAGGGUCUCUCGCAAGUAGUGGCGUGAAGCAAAGAAUGGCAUAGCUGCUGCACAACCAUUUGUUUAUAUUGUCCAUCACAUCCGUCCGUGUAUCUGUCAAUCCGACCAACUUUAGCCAACAAUUCCACCAUCUGAUUCUGCUUCAGAAAUGUUUUCUUGCUGUGGUUGUCCCACCUGAUAACGAUUGCUUGUGUUGCGAUCGAAACGUCGUGAUCUAUUAUUUUUCUACCUACGUGACUUUACCGAAAG